UUUUAUAUAUAUAUAUUUUUUUAAAUAAAAAUUCUUUGAAAUCAAUAAAAGUUUGCAUAAACAUUAUUUUGGUCUACUCUUUCGAGUGCAAAUUCAAAUCAUCAGAGUACCAUCUUCAGAUGCAAUUAGACAAAAUUUCAACAUUAUAAAAAUCCAACAAUUAUGUCAAAAUUUUCGACAACCUCCAAUCGCCAACUGAACACGCGCAGCUCCGACAUCGAUGCCCUGGCCCAGCGUGGCUAUAAUAUCGGACACAAAAUUGGCGAGGGUUCCUAUGCGACCGUUAUCACAGCUGGCUAUGCCGAUGAUGCGGGUCAUGGUGUACAUUUGGCCUGCAAAAUCAUUGAUAAGGCCAAGGCACCCUCGGAUUUCGUACACAAAUUCUUUCCACGUGAAUUGGAAAUUCUAACAAAAAUUGAUCACCCAAACAUCAUACAGAUACACAGUAUACUACAGCGUGGACCGAAAAUCUUCAUCUUCAUGCGUUACGCGGAGAAUGGUGAUCUGUUGAGUCAUAUCAAGAAAUCGGGACCGGUUGAGGAGUUGCAAGCGAAAGCCUGGUUCAUGCAAAUGGCGAAAGCGCUCAAGUAUCUGCAUUCGCACGAUAUCGCGCACCGCGACUUGAAAUGCGAGAACAUCUUGCUUUCGAAACGUCUCAAUAUCAAAUUGGCAGACUUCGGCUUUGCACGCUAUUGCUGCGACGAUAGUGGACGCGAAAUCAAAUCGGAAACCUAUUGCGGUUCUGCGGCCUAUGCCGCGCCCGAAGUCGUAUGCGGUCGACCAUACGAUCCGAAAUUGGCCGACGCCUGGUCACUUGGCGUUAUACUAUUCAUAAUGUUGAAUGCGAAAAUGCCAUUCGACGAUAGCAAUCUCAGCAAGUUGCUGGACGAUCAGCGUAAUAAGAAGUUCGCAUUUCGACGGAAAUUACAAGAUCACAUUUCGGCGCAGGCCAAGGCCACCGUGGCGGUACUAUUGGAGCCGGAACCGCAUGCGCGUUGGAAUUUACGUGAAAUAUUGAAUUGCAGCUGGUUGCGUGCCGACGAGGAGGAACCGUUGGCUUAGUCCUAAGACGAACACACUUACGUCAAACAUCAUGCGACAGUUUGAGCAGCAUGUCUGAUUGGUUUUGGACCUGAAGCCGUUGAAUUUUUGUAUGGGAAAAAAAAUUUGUCUGGUCGUGGACCAAGACCAGUAUCGAAUUUAGAUUGAUUUGUCGUACAUACGCAGGAGUAUGAUGUCUUUGUCGGCGUCGUCUCCAACCUAUAAAAAAGCCCAAAAAUUUGAUGAUGUGCUUUAGAGCAAUAUUAUUUCCAAAUACUACUCUUAGUUAUGUGUGUCACAAAAUAUAUUAAGUUAGAACAAAAAAAAAAUUAUUAAUUAUAAUAAAUUGUAAUUGUAAAUUUUC